AAGGUCACAGAGUGCGGAGCAGGCUAUGUCGUCAUGGUGACGCCGUGCUCAUCGCCCCGCCCCUUUCAGGUCGUGCUGCAAUAACAGGGUCUGGCACAAGGAGGCGCAGAUCUCUCCAUUCUUCUCUUCUCUUCUUGUCAUCCCGACACCGCAUUCCUUCUAGCUCUCACCUCUCCUCCGCCUCAGCUUCUCCUCCUGUCCUCCCUUCUCCGUUUUGUUCUUGUCUGGGGUUUGUUUUAUUUUCCCUUUAGGGUUACAGACACUAGUUGACGACGGUCGGCUUGAGUCGGGGUGUCGGAACGCGUCGGCAGGAGUGAAGAAGACGUGAUUGACCGGUUUAAAGACAUAACGGGACGCACAACACCUCCGCAGAAAUCGAGAUUCAUUAGACCAGGCUAUGUUUUUCCAGUCUUCUGUCCAGUUUUGGUGAGCCUGUGCCUACUGCAGCCUCAGCUUUCUGUUCUUGGCCGACAGAAGUGGAACCCGACGUGGUCUUCUGCUGUUGUAGUCCUUCCACCUCAAGGUUCGACGUGUUGUGCAUUCUGGGAUGCUUUUCUGCUCACCAUAAUUCUACAGAGUGAUUAUCUGAGUUACUGUAGCCUUUCUGUCAGCUCAAACCAGUCUGAUCAUUCUACAUUGACCUCUCUCAUCAACAAGGUGUUUCCGUCUUCAGAACUGCUGCUCACUGGAUGAUUUUUCUGUAUCGCACCAUUCUGAGUAAACUCUAGAGACUGUUGUGAGUGAAAAUCCCAGAAGAUCAGCAGUUAUAUAAAUACUCAAACCAGCCCGUCUGGCACCAACAAUCAUACCACGGUCGAAAUCGCCGAGAUCACUACUGCAGCAGAAACCAUGACAACAAAAAAAGGCGAGAGAGAGAGAAAAUGAUGAGAAGAAUUCCCACCCGCACAGUUCACACCGUUUCUUCUUGGUGCUAUAUCGUGCACAGAGGCGAUUUUUGAUUUUAUUGAAUCUUUUCCCGGUUCACUUUGUUUCACUCUUAUCUCACGCGCUGAUACACUGUAAUGACGGUAACCGUGUAAGUACCUUGCAAAGGGAAGAUCUGAGCCAAACAACAGAUGAAUAGAAUCAUUUUAAAAGCUAUUACUGCAACACAUGGUCAUUUCUGAACAGUAAACAGUGUAGUACAGAAAACAAACAAAAAAUGAUUAGUGUUUAGCCAUAAUGAAUUGCUAACAUGGCAGUUUUUAGAUCAAAGCCUGUGAUUGGGAAUAAUACGAUUGUGAGGAAUUACAACAAUGUAGAAGGUUUAUAUAAAGAAAGAAAUUAAAGACGAGGAAAAAAUACAGAAAUCACCACAGAUGGCCUACACCUGUUGAUCGUUAUAAAGUAGUAUAAAGGCUUCAUCGAAGAGAUACGUCCUGAGACGGGUUUUAAACAUGCUCGCGGAGGUUCGAGGAUCUAAUAAACAUCGGGUGCUCCGUUCCACAACUUUGUGAUCUCCUUGACCCUUUAAGGACUAUCAAGAAGUAGCUGGUAGUUCGAUCUAAGAGAUCUCUGGGAGUGGUGGAAAACAAUAAGCUCAUAAAUAUAACCUUCUGAUCGUUCUUGUAUUAAUCAUCAUUCUUGCUGCAGAAUGAACGGUUUUAGCUGAAAUAACUGCAAUCAGGUGAUUAUGUGAUCAUAACGGGGGACAGCCCUAAUAAGAGCAUGUACUUUGUAAAUGUGCAGUGCAUACGGUACGGAUAGUCAAAGUUCAGAAGUUUCUUAACUGUUUCAAAGUUCAACACACACACACACACACACCCUCCUGUCUCACUCCAAGGUUGAUUUCAUUCUAAAGUUGCUUAUUUGCUACCUGUAUUAUCUCAGACCCACGUGUCUGUCAUUUUUCUCUCUCUCCGUGGGAAUGUGUUGAAGAGUGUCUGAGUUAAUUAAAGUCUGUUUUUUUUUUUUUUUUCUUUCUUUCUACAGUUGCUGAACCAAUUUCAAUCUCUGGUACCACUGGUCAAUGUGAAUGAGCGCACACACACGCCGAAUCCCUACCGACUAAACAAGAACACUGAAAUACGUACAAAAAACCUCUCGGACACACAUUAAAGAGGCGCUGGCCGACAUAAAUGGCGGACAAACAGAUCAGUUUGCCUGCCAAGUUAAUAAAUGGGGGUAUCGCUGGCCUGAUUGGUGUCACCUGUGUGUUUCCCAUCGACUUGGCCAAGACCCGCUUACAGAACCAGCAGAAUGGCUCCCGCGUCUACACCAGCAUGUCCGAUUGCCUUAUCAAAACCAUUCGCUCCGAAGGAUACUUUGGGAUGUACAGAGGUGCUGCUGUGAACUUAACUCUUGUUACUCCGGAGAAAGCCAUAAAGCUGGCUGCCAAUGAUUUCUUUAGGCAACAUCUCUCCAAGGACGGGCAGAAGCUCACACUUAUUAGAGAAAUGCUGGCAGGCUGUGGUGCAGGCACAUGUCAGGUCAUUGUUACAACACCUAUGGAGAUGCUGAAAAUCCAGCUGCAGGAUGCAGGAAGAAUUGCUGCUCAGAGGAAGCUGAUGCCACAAGCCGUGUCUCCUGGUGGCUCCGUGGAGGUGAAGAGCCAGACUGCGAUGCAGCUCACACGACAGUUGCUGAGAGAAAAAGGCAUUGCUGGACUCUAUAAAGGGUUAGGAGCCACUCUACUCAGGGACGUUCCUUUCUCCAUCAUCUACUUUCCUCUAUUUGCUAAUCUGAAUAAUUUGGGGAAGAGGGGAAAGGACGGUCCUGCCCCCUUCUACGUCUCCUUCGUAUCGGGCUGUAUCGCCGGCAGUACGGCUGCUGUAGCAGUCAACCCUGUAGACGUGAUAAAAACCAGGCUGCAGUCGCUAACACGUGGCAGUCAGGAGGACACAUACAGCGGCGUGACUGACUGCAUCAGCAAGAUUCUGCGUAAAGAAGGUCCCUCCGCCUUCCUGAAAGGCGCGUACUGCCGCGCUCUCGUCAUCGCGCCGCUCUUCGGGAUCGCUCAGGUCGUCUACUUCCUGGGUGUCGGUGAAUAUAUCCUCAGCUUUUUACCCAAGCGGAACAAUUAAGCAAUCCGUUCUGCUUUCUGCCUUCCCAUCUACACUGCACCAGUUAAGACCUCUUCCCUGCUGCCUCCGCCUCGACCGAACGUGUUGCCUGGAGGGGUUUUUAUUUGUUGUCUGUUCGUUUUUUAUCGUUGUGUUGAUUUUAUUGGAAUGUACUGUACGUUUCGUCCGGGAUGAAUGUGACAAUCAAAUGGUGAUGAGAAGAGGUUUUAUUUCGCCAAAUUCCCAAAUUCUGACGGGCGCCUGUGAGUCCUCAGCUGAAGCACGGGUCGUGAAAUACGGUUUAUGGAGAGUCUCAACUCAAAUUGGGAUUUUAUAAACUUAAACAGUGAUUUUAAUAACGUAUGGGGUGGGGGUGGGUGUGGGGGGGGCACUUUAAUGAAUUGCUUCCCAUUAUUGUGAUAUGAAUUCUCACAAGCCUAGAAUGUUUUGUUUGGCCUUGAAUGACCUUGAGACAUAAUUAAUUUGCGAAGGUUUUGUGUGUGUGUGUGUGUGUGAUGCGAUAGCCGUUUACAGUCUCAGACUGACUGCAGGUCUGAGUAAACACACACACACACACACACACACACACACACACACACACACACACACACACUGAUGCUGAGCCUUGAGUCUGAUGAGUGCAGAUGACUCAUAUCAGCUAGAGCCAUCUCACACUACAGCUUUUCCAUCUGUGCAGAGACGGUCCAUUACGCGCUACGUCACGGAGAGCAGUUCUGUUUGAAUAACCCGAACGCGUGCUACGGCUUUGUCACGAAGAGCUAUGAGUAGCAGUUUCCAGUUUGACUCGUUAGUUGUAAUCCUACUCCGCUUACCAGCUCCCCGCUGGCUGGAGCGAGCCCUUGCACUAAGACCCGUCACAGAAAACUGAAUUGCUGUCGUCGACUUCGUACAUAUUCCGAGAGUAACCACAUCAGGGCUGAUUAUAGUUAAUGAUAUUUUUGAGAAAAUUUGCUCAGGCGGUUUUCUUUUUCGCCUAGUGAUCCUUGCGCUAAGUUUAAAAAAAAAAAAAGGAGUAAAAAAAAAAAAUUCCCCGAAAGCACAAACACUGCCUGUGUGUAAUCACAGAUCCUGCUUGGAUUGGCAGCAGACUUGCUCUCAUGAGCCGGUGUUUAAAGUCUUAUUACAGUAGCUGGCUGCUAGCUGGCUUUUGAGUAAAGGAGAACGGCGGUUAAAAGGCGUUGCGUGCCGAGCCGUCCGUUUUUAUAAAAGAGCACCAGUCUGUUCUUUGUAGCGUUAGUCAUUGUUAGCGUAAUUAGAGCACAUCGAAUUGAAUCCCAUUUCACUUCUCCUGCAGUACAGGCUUUUAACGCUGUAGCGUUAUCUUGAGUUCUUUUACCACACAAACCAGAUCCAAAGCAACUGGAUAAUUAUCCUUUAUGAGUAGAGAAUAUUUGGAGAUUCCUGGACCAACUGCCAUGCAGAAUACGCUGUCUUAAAAACGGACAAAAUGACUAAAGCGACUCUGGAUACAGCACGCUGCCAUUUUAGGAUGGUCUUUGUUUUUGUGAACCAGUGAAAGCUCGAUGAAGUUCGUUAGCGUAGUAUUUUUUUUCUUUCUCGUAUCUCAGCCCCCCCCUGCUAUGCAUUGCGUGCACACGGUGAGUUGUAUUGGCUCUUAUUGGCCAGCGAGAGAUGAAGGUGACUUUGAAGAGUGAUAGCUAAUCAUAUGAUGUCUUUUCAAUGCUGUGUAGUGAAAGGGCAAAAGCACAUGCUGAGUGAGGUUUCAAAAAUAUUCUGUCUUAUCUGCUGGGAGCGAAAUCAUAUUUAUCGAGAUUCCUUACUAUAUAUAUACACAAUACACACACGUAUAUAUUAUUAUAUAUGAUAUAUUUGUAUUAGUUGUUUUAUUGUCUGUAUUAAGUGUUUAAUGAAUAUGUGCAGAUUGUAUUUUUGAUUUUGUUGUGUACAUGGUAGCUUAUUUUGCACACUUCCCUACCCCCUUCCUCAUGCUCUCUUUAAAAAAAUAAUUUUUUCUGAACGGUAUUUGAAUCCAGGAGCGUUAGAUCUGAAAGGCCGCCCCAUGUGAAACUGGAACAGUUGGUGCAUUUCUCACUGUCCAGAUGAAGUACAGACUUUCCAAACAGAAAGAGUUCUGCUGUUGGCUAGAAUAAGUGCUGAUGAAAUCGGAACAGCGUUCGAAUGUUUGUGCAGCUGUUAGUCUGAGCUCUCGAGCUGUCUCGCUAUACAUGUGUGUAUAUCUAUCUAUCUAUCUCAAUAUCUAUAUCUAUAUAUCUAUAUACACACACACACAUACACACACACUUUCAUAUGUUUUAGAUUCAUUACACAUAAAGUGAAAUAUUUCAAGUCUUUUUUUGUUCUAAACUCGGUGACUUACAGCUCACGGAAAUCAAAAAUCCAGUAUCUGUAUUAUCAAUUCUUUAUUGUAAUAUUUUGAGAUUCUGGAUGUUUGAUUUCUGUGAGCCGUAAUCACCGCGAUUAGAACGAAAAAAAGGCUUGAAAUAUUUCACUUUAUGUGUAACGAAUCUAGAACAUAAUAUAAAUUACGGAAAAAACGAACUUUUCCACGAUAUUCAAAUUUUUUGAGAUGCACCUGUGUGUGUGUGUGUGUGUAUGUAUAUAUAUAUAUAUAUAUGCAAGGAUGGUAGGGCUGGGUGAUGACGAUAAUAUCAUAUCACGAUACUUGAGGGCAUUUCUACGAUACACGAUGCGCAUCAGGAUACAUCAUUUAGCUAUCAAACUGUCUGCACCACUAAAAUAAACGAAACAACAUUAAACGGGCUUUGACGAUAUUUUUCUUUAAUACCUGCAAAGACAAACAAGACUAAGAUGAAAAAAAGUCAUCCAUUCCGGAACAUUUCAUUUAUAAUGAUUCAAAACGUAAGAAAAAAUCAAAUAAACGUCACCAUACCGACGAUAUCUCAGAAAAGUGUAUCACGUAAUCAUUCAUCACGAUAUGGACAUGAUAUCGGUAUAUCGCCCAGCCCUAAACCAUGACCAUUCGUAGGCUUUUUCAUGACGCUCUCUUGCAGAGCGCGAGAGAGCGCGAGAGCGCGCGCGAGAGAGAGACAGUUUUAUGACUACGAAACAAACCUGGACCAAAUCCCUACUCAAUACACCAAUGCUCCUGAGACCUGCUGCCUGCCUCCUUCUCUGUAGAUGAGCUGUUUAGCAUUAGCAUUAGCACGCCCGACAGGAAAAAGCCAUUUAAGCGGAGCUCUUUACUCUUUACAGUGAAUUGGAAACUGGGAAGCUGAAAGCGUUUUAUGUGAAUCUGGUUCACUGCCUGCUGGUACUGAUGAACCCUUUAGACAAGAAUAGUUUGAGUUAUUUAAUACCACCAUGCAGUUAUUUAUUUACUACAGUUAUUAUUCACUACAGUUUUUGGGUCAGACAGCUGCAAAGUCGGGACAGCGGAAGAUUGUUUACAUGGUCCGCCUUCUUAUUGCGCCGUGUCGGCGGUUUCUUUGCAGUCUGUUGCUUUACUCCUUUCUUGUGAACAUGUUCAGUCUCAAUCGAAAAGCUUCGUGAAUGUGUCUCAGUGACCCUCUGACCUUGUUCUCCAUGUUUGCCUUGUGCUCCUUCGAAUUCCUCUUCCGGCUCGCUUGUGUUAUCGUUUGCUCUUUUCCAGCACAUUCCAAAUGCUCUUUUGUGAUAUUUGAUUCUUUGCAUAACUGUGAUUAUUAUUAUUUCUUCCAUUAAUUUGUGUUUCAAUUCUUAAUGUCAUGUGAUUACUGAUGUUUUAAUUCCAGAUUGUAAAAAGAGAUUUUUUUUUUUUAAAUCUCUGUAGUAACUGUGAUGAUGUCUGAUUGUUUUUUUUUUUGUUUUUUUUUUAUCAGUUGUGAACUGAUGGUGAAGUGAAACUUAAUAGUAUAUCCUGUGGGGUUGUGUAUGGCGGGUGUGGCGUGUGCGUUUACGUUUGCGUGUAUGUGACUGUCGCUUAUUGUGAUGUUAAAUUUUUAUAUCUGUCCUUCACUUUCCCUCACUGACUCUCCGAUCUGUCCUGCAUUCCCUCUUGUCCUGGACGGAGACGUAUAGCAGAUGGAGGGCUGAACACCAAAAAAAAAAAAAAAGUUUAUUUAUAAUCACAAAGAAGCAAAAAAAAAAAGCACAAAGAAUGAUCAGGCACAAGCUUUACACUUGCGUGCACACUCUCACUCACUCACACACUCACACACACACACACACAGACGUACAAGUAACCUCUUAUUAACGUAUAGUACACUACAGUUAAAAACCUCUGAUAUAGUCCAUAUAAUGUUUAAUAAAUUAGUAAAUUACUGUAGUGUUAAUAUAUCUAAAUUAGAUCUAAUUUGUGCUCUUUUUUUUUUUUUUUUUAAAUAGUCGCACAAUUGUAUAGACUAUAAAUGAUGUAUUGCGGUCCAUGAUGUAUUUUAAACCUAAUAAUAAGGAAUCCAGAGAAUAGACCUUUGAAUAUUAUUACCAAAUGUUAAAGAUUCCCAUUUAGUCUAGUAGUUUAGAUGUUAGUUGUUUAAGAGUUGAAUACAUAUGAUGUGAGUACAUUCUGACCAGCUUACUUAUAUGCAAUAAUAAUAAUGAUAAUGAUGAUAAUAAUAAUAAAGAGACGCUACGAACAGGAGGAGUAACCUGUCGGAUAUCUGCAGCUCUAGUGUGUAAUGCAGCUUUUGCUGAUUGCGUUGCAGGCUGUAGGAACGGCACGUCUCACUCCGAACACCUUGUUUUCUUCCUCCAAGAGGAAAUGGUGCAAUGAAACACUUUAAAACACACCGUCUGACAGCCCUCUUUCUCUACUCUGUGCGAUGGGGACUUUUAUUUAUCAAUGCAGUGAAUAUUAAAGACGUAAACCCUCGUCGUUUUCCAUGUGAAACAUGAAGAGACAAAGUGUUGUGUUCCUGUGUCAGAGAUGCUCGUUCAAUAAAAUGGGUUUUGCCAUGA